GCGUAUUGAGCAAUGGCAAUAAUGUGCAAAGAAAGCAAACGAGAGCAGAUGAUUUCCACGUUGCCACUACGGUCGGCAACGAAAGAAGGGCGGAAAGGUAUUCACUAGUUGCACUAUUAGCGUGUUUACAAUUAUGGGGAAAACGAGCGUGGCCACAUUUUAAAAACAAAAUAUGAAGAAUUUUCAACGACAGCGUUGUCUUUGAUAGUACUUUCUUAUAGGUUAUCUCAACAUUUGUAUAGUUCCACUUCUUAUACUACUACAUGUCCAUAUCUAACUUUUUAUUUGAAAUGGAAAAUUAUGUUGUAAGAGUGGCAACAUUCAUCAUCUUAAAACUCUGAUUUUAAGUUGUAUAUUUAGUCAGGCAACCUUAAAAGACAUAUGACAGCAGUUCCAUAUUUAAAACAAGUGUGGCAAUACUGGUUCUACACGUGUUUGAUAAAUACAGUGUUACUGAAAAACUAAAUUCCUAAAACAAUCGUAUUUAUCAAUAAAAAAUAAAAAGGACAUGUCGUUUAAUAGAGGAGGACGUGGCGGAGGCUUUCGUGGCAAUCGCGGAGGAGGUGGAAAUCGAGGUGGCGGUGGACGAGGCGGAGGCGGUGGUAAUCGUUUCGGCGGCCGCGGAUUCGACCAAGGACCACCUGAUCGCGUUAUUCCUCUAGGCUCUUACAGUUAUUCAUGUGAAGAUGAUCUCGUUUGUAAAGUGGAAAUUGAGGAUGUUCCUUAUUUCAAUGCCCCAAUAUAUUUGGAAAAUAAAGAACAAAUUGGGAAGAUCGAUGAAAUAUUUGGAACCAUACGUGAUUAUUCUGUGACCGUGAAAUUGUCCGAAAAUUUGAACGCAAAAAGCUUUAAAAACCAACAAAAACUGUUCAUAGAUCCGGCGAAGUUGUUACCUAUUUCGAGAUUUUUACCUAAGCCACCACAAAAAAAGGGUAGCAAGAAAAAUAAUCUUAAUGGUGGUGCAGGUGGAGGUCGUGGUGGUGGGUUUGGUCGCGGAGGAGGAGGCUUCCGUGGCGGUAACAGCGGCGGCGGUGGGGGCUUCAAAAGAGGAGGAGGCGGUGGGCGAGGUGGAGGUUUUGGACGAGGUGGAGGCGGUGGACGAGGCGGAGGCGGUGGCGGUGGCGGUGGCGGUGGUAGAGGUAGAGGCGGUGGACGAGGUCGCUGGUAGUACGAACAUUUCAUUCUAUAUUAUUUGGAAAUCGUAUUAUCUGUACAAUUUAGAUUAUAAAAAUAAUAUUUUAUAUGAAAAUGUUUUGUCUUUGGUUUUACUCUUGAUUUUGACUUGCUAUUCACUUGUAUUAUUUGGUCUUUGAAUAUUAUCAGUUUUAGUGAAGAUUUCUGAUAAAACAGGAAGAAAAUUAAAAAAAAAAUCGUUAAAAGAACUCGAUUGCGAUCGGUCAGUGGUACGACUCCGCAUUAACGACUGUGAUUUGCUUGUCAAACGUCAAAGAAGUGAUGCAUUUUUGAAGAGCCUUGUUUCUGGCGACAAAAAGUGAUUUGUUUACAAGAAUGUAAAGCACAAGAGAUCGUCGUCUAAAACUAUGAACCAGCUCAAACCACUUCGAAGACCGCUUUGGAAUGAUUUUAAAGGGAUCGUUUAGUUGAGAAUGGGAGAACCUUCACCUCAAAUUAGAACGCGAAUAACCACUUGAAACAGUUUUUUUGUGAUAGAGAAUUGUAGGUAUCCGGGAAACUCAAUAUUUUUUGUAAAUAAAAUAAACGAAUAAAAAAUAAAUGAAAUUUUGACAA